UUGGCUUAAGUAACCUCCAGGGUUAGUCUGGAUCAAGUUCCUUCGGCUCCGGACGCGGCCAGGAGGGAAAACUGCCCUGGGAAAGAGAAGGGAAACCUGCUGCUGGUGGGAAAAGCAUCGAGGACACCUCGGGGGCUGUGACAGCAUCUCCGAACCGGCUUUUAGGAGGGGAGAGCAGCGGAGCCGCAGCAUCCCCGCGAUCGCACCAUGCCCCUGUCCCGCCACACCGGCCAGAUCCCGGAGUCCACCUGGACCCUGGGCCUCAGGGAGAUGACGGAGCCCUGGAAAGGCGCCGUGGGCUGCUUCGGCGUGGCCGUGUUCUUCGCCAUGACCAUCGGCAUCAUCUCGUGGCAGGCGCUGGAGCAGCCGCCGGAGCAGUGGGUGCUGCGGGGCCGGGAUGCGGGGAUGCUGUGGGAGCGCCGCCGCGGCGCGCUGCUGCUGCGGGCGCUGCCGGCCGGCCGGCCCGUGCUGGCCAUCGCCGUGGGCAGCGUGCCGGCCACCGAGCCCCCGCCGCCCCGCGACCGCUGCUGGCACGACGGCGGCCAGUUCUGCUAUUCCUGGGAGGAGGAUGCCGAGCUGCGGCUCUCCCUGGAGCCGCCGGCAGCUCCUGGGACCGAGUGCUACGGCGUGCGCUGGACCCCGCUGCGCCCCGACGUGACCCUGAAGGAUUGUUUUUCCAUGACAAAUGUGUCCUGGUAUGGAGGGCCGAGCCUCCGUGCCCAGCGCUGGCCCCUGAACGGCGCCGAGAGCCCCGCGCAGCCCUUGGUCAGUGGCGACCUCAGCACAAACCCCGACGGCUUCGGGCCUGUCCUGGAGAGGUAUUUCCUGGGAUCCACAGGAGUGACGGUGACGGUGGCUCCCGACGUGUCCCUGCUCCUGUCUCUGGAGAGCCAGCGGCAGUUCUGUCUGGAGACGCCGGCGGGACGAGCGGAGCCCCUGCAGUACCAGCUCUGUGUGAGCGCCGACGUGGCGGCCGCCCACCGGCACACGGCCGGCGCUCCGGCGGGAGCAGCUCGGACCCCGCCGGACACCGCGCUCCUGCGGUCUCCCAUCUGGCGGUACCACGGCCCGGAGGGUUCUGCUGCCAAAAUCAGGCGCGGCCUGAGGUCGCUGGUGAGGAGGCUGAAGCGGCAUCGCCUUCGGGAGGGCGUGGUGGCCCUGGGGGAGCGCGGCACCGCCGUCCUCGCCGCCGCGGACCUCGUGCCCCGGGAGCGCAGGAGGCGGCAGGCCCCGGCGCUGGUGGAACCUCUGGAGCUCUCCAUCACGCUGUCCCCGUACGCCAGCGUCACCUCCCCGCUCUUCCUGCGCUCCCUGCGCGGCGGAGAGGCCGCGGGAUACUGGCUCAGCCGCCAGCCCCGGCCCGGGGGCAGCUCGAUCCCGCUGCUGACCACCUGGAAGGGGCAGCUCUGCGCCCGCCUGAACGUCACCAGCGAGGCAGCGCUGGGCUGGUACCUGGCUCGUGCCCAGCACCUGAGGCAAGCUCUGGGGGCCACCUACGUGGCCUUCGAGGGAGUGGAGGGCAAUUCCUUCCUGGAGCAGGAUGUUCCUGCUCCUGCUGAGCUGGAGAGUGAUGGAUACACCGAGGUGCUGGCGGUGGCACUGGCAACGCUGGGCAAUGGCACCAUCGUCAGCGCCGGGACCAGAUCCAGCUACCUCCCGCUGUUUGUCCAGAUGAGCCCCCUGCGCUCCGACUGGAGCCACGCGGGGCUGAAGGGGCUCAUCCCCUCCGUGCUGCACUACAGCCUCCUGGGCUACAGCUUCUUCAUCCCUGAUGCUGUAGGAGGGAGCGUGGCUGGAGCCACCCCGGGGGACCCGGAGCUGUUUGUGAGGUGGCUGCAGAUUGUGACAUUCCUGCCUGUGAUGGCUUUUGGGACCCCGCCCUGGCUCUGCUGUGACACCUGGGUCCUGAAUCUGACCCGCCAGUGCAUCCAGAGGCACCGGGACUUCGUCGUGCCACUGCUCCUAAAAUACAGUGAGGAGUGGCAGAGUUUGGGAUACCCCAUCUUCCGCCCUGCCUGGUGGCUCAGCCCCACAGAUCCAGUUGCAUUCACCAUAGAGGAUGAGUUUCUCAUUGGAGAUGAGGUCCUGGUUGCUCCAAUAAUAGAGAAGGGACAAACGUGGAGGGAUAUCUACCUGCCAGGAGAGGGGCACCUCUGGCUGGACACCAACUCUGCCCGAGUGUUUGAUGGUGGCACCACCCUGAGGAAUUACUCUGCCAGCCUGGCAGAGGUGCCAGUGUUUGUAAAAACCUCCUGAAUCCAGGCUGGGCAGCUCUGGGACAGAGACCUCCGAGGGCAGCGCUGGCCACAGGCUCCCUCCCCUCAGACUUCCAGCCUCUUUGCACUUUUCCAAGAUAAUUUUGGUUUUGUUUUGUUGGGUUGUUUGGGUAUUUUUGGUUUGGUUUAUUUUUUAUUUUUUUUUUAAUUUCAGCAGAAAUUGUCCAGAUUUUCUUACUCAUUGUCAUCCUAAAAUAGUGGCUCUGCCACCAACAUCCAUCCACACUGAAUGCUGCCUUUUUUCCAGGGUUUUCCUGGUGAAAUAUUUAUGUUAAUGUGGGCAUAUCCAGCAUUUCCAGGCCCCUGGCACCAUGCUCAGUGAGGAUUUUCCAGGAGAUAAACAAACAUCAAGUUAUACCUGAGGGGAAGUUUUGUAUUGAAUUAAAAAAUUAAAUCUAGGGGGAAACUGCCGGGAUAGUUUUGGUGCUCUGUGUGGCCACUUCCUGGGCUGAGCAAUGCUUCUGCCACCUGAGGCUGUGUGUGGUUCCCAGGCAGCAAGAGCCCACCUUUUGAGUAUUUGGGGAAAUGAGUGAAUUCCAGGAGUAUUUGAAACAGGUUUCUGAGGAAGAAAAAUAAACUUCAUCGGGCAGAAGAGUGGCUCUACCAGAGUGUGAUGUGGAUAUCGAGGAUCCUUGUCUAUCUCCUGUGUGCCAAGGCUCCUGCUUUUCACCGUUUGUUGGAUUUUAUGGCUUUUUUCCAAUUCUUUCUUGCAGUGCAAGAGGGAUCCAGAGUGAC